AUGACUUCAGUUUUCGGCCCAAUUGCAGAGCAACACCAGGACAAAUUCGACCUUGGAAUCUGGCACGCGCUCUUCAACUGGAACAACCUCACCGUCGCCGUCCAAAACCAAUGGGGCGGCCCCGACUCCUCCGAUAAGCGCGACUGGCUCGCAGGCCAAAUCUCAGAACUCUUCGCUGCGGAACCCCUCACAGACCAAGAAGAUGUUGAGGUUGUCCUACUACAAGUCCUCGAGGACGAGUUCGGCGUGCGCGUAGAGGACGAGACCGAAGUCGCUGUUGCGCGUGAGAUCAUGGCGAUACGGAAGGAAAUUGGAGAGGGCAACACAGCCAUGGUGGAUGCGCUACAGAAAAAGUGGGAGGAGCGCAAGGGCAAGGAGAUCGCGACUGGGAGUGUUAAUGUCAAGGAGACGAAUCAGGACUUUGAGGGGGAUAGUGUGGAUGAGGAGACGGAUGAGGAUGAGGAUGUCGAUAUGGAUGAUGCGCCUGCGCUUGUGCCUGCGAAACCGAAGUCUAAGCCUGAGCCUGAGAUUGAUGAGGACGGCUUCACGACGGUGGUUGGCAAGAAGAAGAGAUGA